AUGACAUCGAUAAUAUCUGAUAGUAAUCAUAUACAUAAUACUCCCUUGGAACAACAACGAAAUGAAAAAUAUUUAGGAUUUUUAACGCCUAUUUUUCACAUCAAUUCGGAAGAAUCUUUGGCUCGUAAUCGAAAAUUUUUAAAGGAUCUGGAACUUGCAAAAGCACGUUUGCGAACUUACGCUGCAUAUACGCCAACUGAUCGAGAAUUACAACAACGUGCAAUGGAAUAUCGCAAAUACCUCCAAAAAUAUAUACAAAAUUUCACUUCAUAGUAAGUCGAUUUCAUGUCGAAGACGAAGUAUAUCCAUCCAAUUUGAUAACUCGAGC